AAUGAAAACAAUGUUAAUGUAAUGCACCAGACCCAUACGGGCAAGAUGAGUGUCGAUGUUUCUGCGUCAACGACAAUAUAGAGACAAAUUCAGGGGUGAAGAAGUUAGAUUUUUAAUCAACGAAUAUGACUACUAACAGGUUAAGCGGAAAUGGAGUCGAAUUGAACGGUAACUGUGAAGAGAAACGAACAAAUUCUUCAAGGUUUUUGGUUACUUGUACGUUUCCAAAAUGGAGGUCAUGGAGAUUAGUUUAUCAUGUACUUUUAUUUGUUGUUUUGAUUGCUCCGCCAGGACGAUGUGCCAGGGAUUCCAAUCGUUCGACAGUAAAUAAGAAGAGGACAGCAGCUAAUGUUAAUAUCACGUAUAUAGAUAAUGGCAUGACUCAUGUUUUAUUCCAAAAAGCCAAAGAACUUGGCCACUUCAGUAUCAACAGCAAAAUUGCUCCGGAAUCUGGAGAAGUCGUAAGAGUGAUGACGAUUGAAAAUAACACAGAUGGAUGUAAUGAUCUGAUUAACCAUAUACCCUCAAAAAAUUGGAUUGCUUUAAUUCAGAGGGGAAAUUGUUCUUUUAAUAAAAAGAUCGACAUUGCAGCGAAAACAUACAAUGCGUCAGCUGUGGUCAUAUACAAUUCCAAAGAGGAAACAGAACCCGUCAACAACAACAACGACAUUGAGUUACCAACAGGAGUUGAAGACGUUGUAACUAUCUACAUUAAACACAAAGAAGGCCAAAAUAUUGUGAGUCUUUUAGAAAAGAAGUACAAAGUGUUGAUGCAUAUAACCGUUGGAACCGUAACGCUACCCAAGACAGAUGACCCCACCUUCAAUCCGCACAACAUUAGCAAGACUUCAGUCCUCUUUGUUUCUAUUUCUUUCAUCGUGCUGAUGAUUAUCUCCCUUGCAUGGUUGGUCUUCUACUAUAUUCAACGAUUCCGUUACGCCCAUGCCAAGGAAAGAUUAACGAGACGACUGGCAAGUGCUGCCAAGAAGGCAAUAGCUAAAAUACCCCAGCGUACAGUUAAGACUGGAGACAAGGAACUAGAGUCAGAGUUUGACCAAUGUGCUGUGUGUAUAGAGGGGUACAAGGCCUCUGAUGUCAUUAGGAUACUUCCCUGCAAGCAUAUAUUCCACAAGUCAUGUGUCGACCCCUGGCUGCUAGAACAGCGGAGCUGUCCGAUGUGUAAACUUGAUAUACUGCGUGAAUAUGGAAUGCAGGUUCAUUUGAACAGCAGCCAGGAGAGUGUUCACGCAGAGGUGGACAGUGGAGCAAUAGCAUCGGCAAUCGCUGAUGAUACAGAACAUCUGCCGUCUUCUCCGGAAGAUCAUGUAGGAGCCGAGGGCAUGAACAUAGUCCUGAUCAGUCAUCCAUCACUACAGUACCACGGUAGUGAUUCGUUCUGUAUCAAGGAUGAAAUGAGUACCGAGAGCACAGCAUUAAAUCCAAUUCACUCUCUGAGCACGACAAAGGUGUCGCCGAACGUGCAAUGUGUAAGGGCGGAUAUAGAAAUAGACAGUGAUGACCAUAACAGUGAUAUGGAUGGAGAAUGUAACGAACUUCACUCCCUCAUGACCGGUCUGCCGCCUGCGAAGGGCAGUAAACGAGACAGUCUGGAGUCAUAACCACAGUGUCUCAGUCAAACCAAACGUAUCUGUGGCAGAGCUGAAAACAAAAUGUACUCCGUCGUUCUGUGUGACAAUAAUUGGUUUGAUGGAGGUGUCGGACAAAGCACAGCCAAUUAACAGAGUGUCAUUGAAUUUGAUGACUGUCGACUGGAUUCGAGACAUAAAGUGCUACUACACUUCUGAAAAGACAAAAUGAUGUGCAUUUGAAAAGCAAAAAGUUGACAGACAAUGAAUUAUUUAUCCGUACUUUUUUUUUUUUAACAGACAGCAUUGGUAUCAAAUGAAUUUGUGCUGAAAGAACCUGUCUUGAGAGAUUACAUUCUGAAUGUCACCUCUCACGACAGGUUCUCUUGGAAUCAAUAUAAACACUAGGGAAAGGUCUAUUCUGUUAUCUUAUGAUGUAGAAAGGCGGAGUACAGAUAGUUGAUGUAAGGGUAUGUGUGCAAUGUUAGAGAUAUUUCUGUUACAACAAUUUCAAAAGUUUCAGAAAAAUGUUCGGGGAAAUAUCACUAGAUAAAUAAUUCACAACUUGUUGUUCGGUCAACUGUCUGACUGCAUUGUAAACAAUGAAUUCAGCAACGGAAAGAUGUGAUAAUAUAGUGCUGUGUGUGUUCCCAACAAAUCGUGGAAAAGUGCUGGCUGGCCGGCAAAUUCACAAUGUGGCGGAAUGGGAAAAUCUUUUCUCAACAUUGUCUUUGUUAUAGUUUUAAAUGUGAAGUUUCAAAAAUCUUUGUUGUUUAAUAUUUAAAAAUUGAUAUGUAUUAUAUUAUUAUUAUUGUUUGAACAUGCCAGUGA